UUUCAACAAUCAAGAGUGUCCAGGUGUCCAGAUUACGUAGUUGUGGGAAGUGAAUUUUUCAAAAAGGUGUGUCCAGAGCUUGUUGAUUUAGAAAUGCAUACAUUAGGCUAUAUAUACACCUCGAUCUACUGUACGAGAUUCACAACAUCAGGCUGAGAAAGACUUGCCAUUUCUCUGAAACAAGAAACUUACACUUGAACAAAAAAAGGGGAAGAGUUGGCAGUGGAAUCAGAGCAAGGCUUCAGGUUCGGGUCAAAAUAUGGCUACAGAAAGAUACAAGAUCUUCAAUGACUCUGUCCAUGGCCAUAUAAAGAUGCAACCGCUGCUGGUGGACAUCAUUGACACACCAGAGUUUCAACGCCUGAGGAACAUCAAGCAGAUGGGAGGAAUCUAUCGUGUCUUUCCAGGAGCUUCUCACAACCGCUUUGAGCACUCCCUCGGUGUGUGUCAUCUGGCAGGGGAACUUGUACGAAGUCUGAAAGCUCAACAACUUCAAGCUCAAAAAGCUAAAGAAGCUAAAGAAGCUAAAGAAGCUAAAGAAGCUCAAAAAGCUAAAGAAGCUCAAGAAGUUCAAGCAGGUCAAGAAGCUCAAGAAGCUCAAGAAGGUCAAGAAUGUCAAGAAGCUCAAGAAGGUCAAGAAAGUCAAGAAGUUCCAAAAGAUGAUAAAAUAACUAGUAUUGAUAUGUUCUGUGUUCAGAUUGCAGGAUUGUGUCAUGACCUGGGUCAUGGCCCAUUCUCACAUUUAUUUGAAGAAGUCUUGAAGGAGCUAUCAGAGAAAAUGGUUUCAGAAACAGGAGAAAGUGAAACUACAGAAGCUUUAAAAAACUGGAAGCAUGAAGCACAAUCAGGCAAAAUGUUUGACCUGCUGAUACAAAAUGGCAUUGAGGAGAAGAUGACGAGUGGAUAUUAUAAAGAUGAAGAUGGUGAAGAUUUACAUUUUAAACCUGAAGACUUCAAGUUCAUCCAUGAGCUUAUUGAAGGACCACCACCUUCGAGACCUUCUAAUAAUUGGUGCUACGAAGGAAGAGGCAAGGAAAAGUCUUACUUGUAUGAAAUUGUGGCCAAUAAACGCACAGGCAUUGAUGUUGACAAAAUGGAUUAUAUCAGCAGAGAUUCCCAACAUCUGGGAAUGAAAUACAACUUCUCACACAAGCGCUUUAUGAUGUUUGCACGUGUUUGCACCAUCGGGAAGAAAGAAAAGCAGAUUUGCAUGAGAGAUAAAGAAGCGAUGAACAUGUAUGAACUUUUCCAUAAUCGAUACAUGCUUCACAACAAUGUCUGCAAGCACAAGGUUGUGGUGGCAAUAGAAAUGAUGAUUGUUGAUGCAUUUUUGGCUGCUAGAGAUUACAUUGACUUGAGUGGCAUGAUCUCUGAUAAAGUUAUGGACCCUGAAAGAUACCGGCAACUCACAGAUGACAUUCUUCAGGAAAUUAUGCGGUCAGAUAGGGCCAGUCUCGAAAGGUCAAAGGAAAUCAUUACAAGAAUUGAGAAACGUGAGCUUUAUAAGUUCAUCUGUGCCAAAAAGCUGGAUUGUGAUGAACAAGAGUUGGAUACUCCUGAACAAAGGAAGGAAGUGGUGAGGAAAUGGCUGGAUGAAACAAUGAAAACUGAUUGUGUGUGUCCGUGUGUGUGUCAGUCUAAAUUUCAAAGAUGGCGGGAGUGGAUCGCACAUAAUGAGAUCACUGAAGACCAUUUUGCUGUCAAGACUGCCAAAUUAAAUUAUGGAAAGGAAGAGGAAGAUCCAAUCAAACAUCUCAGAUUCUACAGGAAAAAUGACCUUGACUCAGCAGUGAAACUGAAUAAACAUGAGGUUUCAUACCUUCUGCCCAACAGCUUUGCUGAAAUCAAGGUCAUGCUUUUCUACAAAGGUGAUGCAAAACUCCCAGAAAACCCACCCACUAAAGGAUUCUUGGACUGAAAAACCAAGUGAGGGAUCAAGUGAAAAAUCAAGCUAGGAAUCAAGCAGAAGUGAAGAAUAGAGUGAAGAUUCCAGCAAAGAAUCAACUGAAAAUCAAAACUGUAAUGCUGUUGAAACAAAUCUCAAUUAUAUAAACUGAUCAUGGGGGGGGGGGGGGGGGGGGGAAUCAAUUUUCAAAUCCCAGAUUAUUCUAUACAAUCAUAUAUUCUACUGUACUCUCUCAGGUAGUAGAUCAGGAAAAGGACUAGAGAUAAAUAAUCUAGAGAAAUUAAACUAAUUUGUGCAUGGUGAAUGCAGGGAUAUUGAUCUAAAAUUCAUAUAGUGUGCAUUUGUUUUUCUGUACUUUACAUGUAGGGUAGGUUUCUUUUUGGACUUUUCCUUAACUUUUCAUGUAGUUGACACUAUGAGUGAUUGUGCUACUUUACACUCUUUAGUACACUGUUCAUCAUAAAAGAAUGAUUCCUCAAAAUAACUUCAUCAAAGUAACUUAAUUAACUAACAGCUAUCUAGUGUGCUAUCAUGUUGUUUUUUAUUUUUUAUUUUGCUUUUCUUUUAACAUUUAUUUCAUGUACUUAGUUUAGGAGGUUACAGAAUCUGAAUCAUAUAUUAGUACAAGUAACAAUCAUGUUUCUCUUAUAACUGGUAAUACUUACAUAAUAUGGUUUGAUCUGGGGGUUUAUUUGUGGUAGAGGGUUAGAUUUUAGCAUAUACAAAGUUAAUUGAAAUAAAAAGUUUAAGACAUUGGCUAUGUGAUGACAGAAUUGUGUGAUUAAAACAAAUAUCUUAAUUUGUGUGUCUGUUGUAGCUCAGUCGGCAGUGGGGGGGGGGGGGGGGGGGGGGGGGGGGUUCAUGUUCCCUUACUUGUGGUCAUGUUUUCCAAACACCAGCACCCUCCACUGUUUCCUACAAUUUGCAGAUAGAAUCACAGAGAGAUGUCUGUGAUCAGGGGCGUGUCUAGAGCAUUUUCAGCGGGUGGCCACUAGUUAAAAAAAAAUGAGCAUUAUAAAAAUAAAAAAGGUACAUUUUAUGGUACACUAUUAAAAAGCUGCAAAUUUUUACCUGAUCUAAGCAUUAAAUUUAAUUUUGUUUGUGUAAGCUAAUGUAUUUAGGAUGAUUCAGUUAUGUUUGUUAUUUUUGAUUUGAAUAAAUUCUAUUAAUUUAAAUGUUGUUUGACGUACAUAAAGUAAUAUUUCUGUGAAGCCAGUGUUUAUUUCUUCCCUUGUAUUUUCACGUAACUAACACUAGUCAGUAAUAUUCAUCCUUGAUCCUAACAGCCAUUUUCAGGCUUAUGCUUUCAUUGUUUAGGAUCUACAUACCACAAAGGCAUACUAUUAUAAUACUGACAAACACUAACCGAAUACAUUCGAACAACUUUGAAAACACAAAAAGUUAACCAUUUUCAUGUUUUGGCCAUAAUCAUACAGUAUCUUUCACAAUUUAUUAUUUUUUCAGAUUUCAAGUACAAAAUAAAAGUUGAGAGUUACACAUAAUGAAAGUUUUAGGACUGUAACAGCUUAACUGGAUUGUUUAUCAUCCAGGGCUGAGCCCAGAUUCUUCUCCAUCAAAUAACAUACUUCUAAAUAGACUCUUUACAUUUAUUUUUUGUUAUGUUUUGUUUAUUGCAUGUGAGGGCUAAUUGCUUAAAAAAAUAAAAUCAUAAAACGUG